CCCAGUGGUACCUAUAUCAACUAGCUACCUAGAUCAGAUACCCACUAGGCUAUAGCUAGGUAGUAGCCAGAUAUGAAAGUUACAACCAAGUCUACCUAACCCUGUGGUAAAUGUGGUAUGAAAUUUACUGCGAAAUCUUUACUGGAUUCACCCUGCAACAGACUCGCGUCUGAAAUCAGCCGCUUAGCCUCGGUACUAGCCUACUACCUAGGCUAGCUACCUGUUGCCUGUCACAGUGGUAUAGUACCUAGAUAGUUUGGAAUGAUGAAAACCAUUGGCAUCAUUGGAGCAGGGGCAGCUGGUCUGUGUGGUGCACGCCAUGCCUUGGCAGCAGCUGGAAUGACACCCAUUGUUUGGGAGCAGUCUACCAAAGUUGGUGGAACUUGGGUGUAUACUCCAGAGUUGGGCAAAGACAAGUAUGGGCUGCCCAUUCACUCCAGCAUGUACAAAAACUUGAAGACAAACCUGCCAAAGGAAACAAUGGCAUUUCCAGACUUUCCCUUUCCUGAUGGCGAAGAAUCUUUUAUUCAUCACACAGAAGUUCUCAAGUACUUGGAAAGUUAUUGUGACCAUUUCAACAUUAAGCCUUAUAUUAAGUUCAGGCAUCAUGUUCAAGAAGUGUCACCUGUGAUGAAAGAGGAAAGCCCACCUGCUUGGAAUGUAACAGUCAAGGACUUGGAGACUAAUGUAUCCUCAACCACUACUUGUGAUGCUUUGUUAAUCUGUAAUGGACACUACUCAAUCCCAAGGAUACCACACAUAAGGAACAUUGACUGUUUUAAGGGAAGGAAGAUCCAUAGUCAUGACUAUCGUGAACCUUUUCUGUAUAAAGAUGAUACUGUGGUAAUCUUGGGUGCUGCAUCAUCUGGUUUAGAUAUCUGUCUAGAGAUUUCUGGAGUUGCUAGGAAGGUUUUUUUGUCCCACAAUCAGCCUGUAAAUCAUCCCUCGGAUUUCCCAGCUAAUGUAGAGCAAGUGCGUGGCGUUGUGGAGGCAACAGAAAAUGGGUUCAAUUUGAUGGAUGGGUCGCACAUUGAAGCUGAUGUCAUUAUGUUCUGUACAGGAUAUGAGUUUUCGUUCCCCUUCUUAACAAAAGACUGUGGUAUCACAGUUGAAGAUAAUGUUGUAAAGCCACUGUAUAAGCACUUGAUUCAUUCUGCUUAUCCAUCCAUGGCUUUCAUUGGCAUCCCAUUUCUUGUGUGUCCAUUCCCACUGUUUGACUUUCAGGUGCAGCUCAUGUUAAGGGCAGUAGCUGGAAUGAUAUCCUUACCUAGCAAAGUAGCAAUGGAGAAUGAUACAAGGUUAGACUUUGAGGGUCGUCUCUUGAAUGGUCUUCCUCAACGGCAUUUUCACAGAAUGGGACGUUUUCAUUGGUCGUAUAGUGACUCUCUGGCUGAGAUUGCUGGUUUGCCAGGUAUUUCAACGGCUGUCAAGAGUCUUUUUGAUGAGGUUCAUAGGAGGAGACGUCUUGAGUUGAUGACAUUUAGAAAAGCUCAAUAUACUUUAAUUAGUUCUGAAAAAUUUGAUGUAUUAGGCAGCAGUUAUAAGAAAUAGCAAACUGUUGAUUCCAUUACUAUAAUACUGCUUUAUUACAUUUAUUGCUGAACACAUAUCAAAGGUGGCAUUAUGAAAGAAUUAAGAUUAUCUUACCUUUUGUGGUGUUGCUAAAUCAAGUUAGUUUGUGUAUCAAAUAAGCCAUUGUAAUUGGGUCAUUAUAUGGCAUGUACAGUAAGGCAUUUUUAACAGUGAUUCUUGCUGCUUGUAUAGAUAAUAACAACACUAGUUGUUAUUUAUUUCUACCCCCAGCUGCAAUGCUUUUUUCCAUUUCUCAUUCAUUCCUUCUGGGCUUCUCCCACAUAGCACCAACUUCCGUUAUACUUUACGAAGCUCCAGUUUUCCCUUGCUUAAAGAAAGAUAAGGUGAUUCAGCAGUCAAGUGAAAUUAUUUUGAAAGUCCAGUGUUAGGUGCAUCAUAAUUGAGGCUCAGUAUUUUGCAAGAAACAUUUUUUCCUUUGUUAUGGAAGAGAUAGUUUUAUACCAAUGAAGAUAUGUAGCUGAUGUUCUUAGCAAGACCUUCGUCAGUGAAUGAAUAAUGGCGAUGUUAGUUAACCUAAAAAUUAAAGAAAUCCAACAGCCUACUAUAUCUUAGUUGAUUUAGAGAACUCUUCUUACCAAUGAAUUUUUAGGGUUUAUUUAAAAUUCUGUCUCCAUAGAUUCAUCAAAUGGUGACUAGAGUGGCAAUGACCUUUGAUUAACAGACGAGAAUAUGUUGAUGGAUGAUCCAGAAUAAGAGAAAAUGAAGAAUCAAGUUAUAAGAGUCAACAUAUAACUUCUCUUUGAUAUUUCUUUCUGCCUUUUACUUUAAAGGAAUUCCAGUUUGUCUUCCCUCACAUAGCUGUCACACUUCUCGUUUACCUUCCUCCUUGUUCCAUCAUUUGAUCUAAAACAAAUCCUUUAGGCAAUCCUUAUGAUUCUAGAAGUGUGAUUCAGUGUUCUUGUUAAACCACAGUACUAGUUGAUAAGUUAUAGAAAUAUUUGAAAAAAAAAAACAAAAAACUGAAGCUAAGAUCAAUGUACAUAGAGGAACUAAAUGGUAAGGUGUACACAAUCUUCCUUGGAUAGUAAAGUACAGUUGUAUAUGGCUGUCAGUUGUGAGUGAGUGCAUUAAAAGCUGGCAUGUUUUAAAACUUGAGAGCAUUGUUUAAUGCUUCUCAGAGUCUACCUACACAGUUUUAUCAAAGUAUUAUUUGUCUUCCUUUACUAUCAUUAAUCUUUAUUCACCAUUGCCUCCUCAAAUAGGAGUAUGCAUGUUCCCUAAAGUAUGAGUAAGAAACUAGACAAUUUAAUAGUAAGGCAACGUUAGGACAUUAAGGUAAGAACUGAACUAAAGAAAAUCACAAGAAUUGUUUGCAUGGGAGCAUUAGAACACCAAUCAAGAGCACAGUGAAGCCUUUGAAAAAUAAAAUUAUCAACUGAUGAAAAGAGUGGUGUGCUUCAGUAACAUCACUUUGAUGGCCUCUUGAAGCUUGAAAUUUUAGAAAUUGUAGUUUUGACCAUAUGAAACUCCUUAGCCAGAUCAGUGGCUUGGACGCAACUUUCAAGUCUUGCUAUGAGUUUCUUGGAAACGCUUGUCAUUUUUCUGUCUGUGUCCUUUCGGUUUGUUGUCAUCCUCUAACCUCAUUAGGCCCCAUGAUAAUUUAUUUCUUGUAUAAUCACCAAAAAAAAAAUCAAAGAAACAUGAGAUAGUUUAGAAGAGUUGUACACUGACUGCAAGCUUCAGGUAAAUUUCUCACUUCCCUUUUGUUUCAGCUGGGCAUCGCACACACAUGAACAUAAUCUCAAACAUGCUUUAACACCUUUGUGAUUUACAUAUACAGUAGUAUCUGUAUUCUUAAAGAUGCUUUCUUGAAUGACCUGGUAAGUUUUGAGGCACAUGCACCAAAAAUUUCUUAUAAUACAAUAAAAGAUAAGAUAGUGCAUUUUUCCCAUUAGUACAGCUUGGGUAGCUGAGUAGCACUGCCUGAACUUCCCACAACAGUGGUCCUGCAUACACCCCACUCACGACUUGAUAGAUUUCUAUAGACAACAAAGGCUGAUAGAGGCUUGGACAUCAAUCGCAUGUGCAUGUUUGGUCCCUAGUACGUUGCAUCUGCUCAUGAGCCUCCUUAAACCUUUAAACUAUCUUGGGAAGUUGGUUUAUUGUCUUAUUCAGAUUUUAAAGGGUUUGCUGGCUGAGCCCUUUUCUUAAUAUUUUUGUAAAAAGGUCAGCUUUCAUCUGUUUCCUGUCCCCCUCCCCAUGUUGGAUUUCAUAGCUAAUGGCAUUGCCUUUUCAAAGCUUAGAUAUACAUGUGAUAGAUAUAAUUGUUUGCAUCCCUAAGGUUCACAGUUAUCAAAAACGUUAGCCCUCUUUGGUUAUUGAAAUCUUAGUUGGUGCAAGAAAAUAAUUUUUCACACUUGAAUCUUGUAAUUUUACAUACUGAUUUUAAGAACACAUCUCAGCAAGAAAUAGAUGCAUUUUCAUGUUCUUUGGAUUAUGAGUUAAUGUAUGAUUAUAUUAAAAUAAUUUCCUUUGUGUGUCAUUCCAUGUUGUUAUUCAUUCUGCUGUAAACCUUAAAUAUAGUACAGGCAGCCCCCGGAUUUAAGGCGUUUGCCUCAUGUCGCUGUUAACCUGCUUUAAAACGCUGUAACAAGGAGUGCUGUUGCUAUUUAUUCCCAUUGUAAUUAUGAUGAUUCCG